AUGGCCGACAAAUUUACAAAUGAUGCCAAUCCUUGGGGCGCCAAUCCUCAGAGUUCAUCUGGUGUUAGCGAGGUUUUACCAACGAAUACAACUGCUGAUCGCGAAAGUGUCUCGACUAAGAAGCUUCUAAAAACUUCUUUUGAGAAAUUCUAA